CGCAGAGGUACUGUAUAUGGUCUUAGUGUAAAAUCUCAACUGCUUCCAAUUUUGCAUUUUAAUUUGAUUCACUUGAGCAUAACUGGGUCGAGGUACUGGAUUAUUGGUUCAAUGGAAGAGUCAUGGAAUGGGACGCCGGAGACUCACGACUGCGUAAUUAAGCUGAGGCUGAAUCCGCAGAGGCGGAAAGAUAAGAUAGUAAUCGGGUGCGGAGCUGGUUUCGGAGGCGAUCGGCCUAUUGCGGCACUCAAAUUGCUUCAGAGAGUGAAGGAUUUGGACUACUUGGUACUCGAAUGCUUAGCGGAACGCACGUUGGCAGAGCGUUACAGUGCUAUGAAGUUUGGUGGCAAGGGUUACGAUCCCCGUAUUUCAGAGUGGAUGCAGUUGCUUUUACCUCUGGCUGUGGAAAGAGGCGUUCGUAUUAUUACCAAUAUGGGUGCCAAGAGUCCAUAUGGUGCCCAAGAAGAGGUUUUACAAAUUGCAAGCAAAUUGGGAAUGAAUAUAAGUGUUGGCCUGGCUUAUCAAUCAUCUGUUUCAGAAAUAGGACUGGACAAUCAACUGAAAUAUGUUGAUGGUGAUGUUAGCGUGUAUCUAGGAGCAGCUCCUAUUGUUGAAUGUCUCGAGAGGUACACACCAGAUGUUAUAAUUACUUCUCGAGUUGCCGAUGCUUCUUUAUUCUUAGGCCCAAUGGUAUUUGAAUUAGGAUGGAACUGGGAUGAGCUGCAGCUCCUAGCGCAAGGUUCUCUGGCAGGCCACCUUCUGGAAUGUGGUUGUCAACUCACAGGGGGAUAUUAUAUGCAUCCAGGUGAUAAAUACCGGAGCAUGUCUUUCCAAAAUCUCCUCGAUUUGUCUCUUCCUUUUGCUGAAGUUACCUUUGACGGCAAGGUAUGUGUAGCAAAAGCAGAAAGCACCGGAGGGGUUCUAGAUUUUAGCACUUGUGCUCAACAACUGCUCUAUGAAGUUGGGGAUCCUAGUGCAUACAUAACACCAGAUGUGAUUGUAGACGUUCGGCAUGUCACAUUUCAACCAUUAUCAAACAGCAAAGUUCUCUGUUGUGGAGCAAAGCCUUCUCCUGAAUCUGUACCGCAAAAAUUGUUGCUGCUGGGAUCAAAAGACUGUGGAUGGAAAGGUUGGGGAGAAAUCUCCUACGGAGGUUAUGAAUCUGUACAACGGGCUAAAGCUGCUGAAUUUUUGGUAAGGGCAUGGAUGGACGAACUAUAUCCUGGUAUAAACAAUCAUAUCAUAUCCUACAUUAUUGGUCUGGAUAGUGUGAAGGCAACGUGCAUUGGCGAGAUAAUGUUAAAGCCCAGUGAAGAUGUUAGAUUAAGGAUGGAUGGCUUGUUUGAGAAAGAGGAGCAUGCAGUCCAGUUUACAAAAGAGUUCACUGCUUUAUACACCAAUGGUCCUGCUGGUGGUGGUGGCAUCAGCACCGGGUGCAAGAAAGAGAUUUUUCUCGAAAAAGGAUUGGUUGGACGUGAAUAUGUGCGCUGGCAAAUUUCAAUGGCCCGAAACAAUAUCAUCAGUCCAACUGAUAAGAGUGCCAGUCGUUCGGUUACAAAGCAGAACUAUGCUUGGCUUGAAUCGGACUCGAUACCUGUCCCAAGAGAAACUGUAGACAGUGCAAGCCAAGAAUCAGUAGCCCAAGAAACUUGGCUCUCUGCUGCUCCCGCUGGCCAAAGGAUUCCCCUCUAUGAUGUAGCACAUAGCAGGGCUGGUGACAAAGGAAAUGAUGUCAACUUCUCCAUCAUUCCACAUUAUCCCCCUGAUAUCGAGAGGCUUAAGACGAUUGUGACACCAGAGUGGGUAAAGCAAGUUCUCUCCCCUCAUUUAAACCCUUCAUCUUUUCCCGGAUCAAAAGAUAUAGAACGACGAGACAAGUGGGUUAACGAGCACGUUAAGGUGGAGAUCUAUGAGGUUAAAGGGAUUAACUCUCUAAAUGUUGUCGUUCGCAACAUUCUGGACGGCGGAGUCAACUGCUCGAGAAGGAUCGACAGGCAUGGGAAGACUAUAUCGGACGUCGUAUUAUGUCAGAGAGUGGUUUUGCCACCAUGAUGAUUAUCAUGCGCUACGAUCCGCAUAGACUGUGUAUAAUUGAAUUAAAAUACGAUGAUGUGAUGAAUUGAAAUAUUAUCAUAUAUAAUCUAAUUGUCCUUUGUCUUUGAGCUCGUUAUACUCACAUUAUGGAAGUAAUUCAAGCCAGAGAUUUUAGUGGUGUGAGGUAUUGUUUAUGCUUUGAUAUGACUGGAAUAAUACUUCACAAAUUC